UCUCUCUCUCUCUCUCUCACACACACACACGCACACUGAGAGAUUCGAAGAUAGAAGGCCUCUUCUUCUCACUCUUCAAACCCAAUUGGACACAAACAAACCCUAAUUUCCCAUUAAAUUAAAAAAAAAAAAAACAGACAAACAAAGCUUGAAGAAGAAGACGACGACGAUAAACUGAGCUCUGAUCAUGGCGUUCUCAUCUCGCCUCUUAUCCAAAUCCAGACAGUUAUGCGGCAACAGAGUCAUCCUUCAGCAGGAGUAUGCUAUUCCAGUUCGUUACUUUGCCAAAGAAGCUGGUCGCCCUGCUCUUAAGGGAGACGAGAUGUUGAAGAAUAUCUUUUUGGAGGUUAAGAACAAAUUUGAGACAGCUCUUGGAGUACUUCGUAAAGAGAAGAUCACCAUUGAUCCAGAUGAUGAUGCUGCUGUAGCUCAGUAUGCCAAGGUCAUGAAAACAGUGAGGGAGAAGGCAGACUUGUUCUCUGAAUCUCAACGUAUCCAGUAUACAAUCCAAACACUAACAAAGAACAUUCCUGAUGUUCGAACAUAUCUGUUGACACUGAAGGAAAUACGUAUCAAGCGUGGUCUCACUGAUGAGCUUGGUGCGGAGGCUUUGAUGUUUGAUGCAUUGGAGAAAGUUGAAAAAGAACUGAAAAAACCUCUUCUAAGGAAUGACAAGAAAGGAACUGCUCUUCUAAUGGCAGAGUUUGACAAGAUCAAUAAAAAGCUUGGAAUCCGGAGGGAAGAUCUUCCAAAGUAUGAAGAACAGUUAGAACUAAAAAUUUCUAAAGCACAAUUGGAGGAGCUGAAAAAGGAUGCUCUUGAGGCAAUGGAAACUCAAAAGAAACGAGAGGAAUUCAAGGACGAGCAAAUGGUUGAUGUGAAGUCUUUGGACAUCAGAAACUUCCUUUGAGACCUCUUAUUCCUUACCAAUGGCUCAUUUGAGGUCAAACAAAUCCUGAUGGAAAAUGGAGGCCAAUGACUGUUUUUGAGUCUUGGGGAAAUACAUAUCCUGUUUUAAUAAGGCACUUGCGAUUUGGGAAUCCAACAACUAUGGCAACUUAUGAGAUAUCUUAUGUUUUGUAUUUGUUCCAAUUGUUUUUAAUGUUGCCAGGUGAGAACUGGAAAUCUGUUAUCAAUGAUUGCAAUUGUCCAAGUUUUACUUUUCAUAAGUCGUUUAUGCUUGUGGUUCUAUACGGCCAUAUGUUUCAUGUUUCACAA